UGUGUUGUACGUCAAGACGAUGCUGUUGUCUAUACUAUAGUGCUUUAGUUCUUCAGUUGAAUGCUGUGCAAUUCAAAACAUUAUUGUCUAGUAGUGAAAAUAAAUCUUUUGAGUUUCUAAACGUAAAAGCAGUUGGCAAUGAAUGCGUCGGCUGGGACAGGAGUUUUUGUCUUGUCCUUGAUGUCCAUACCCGUCUCCUAUUUAUUCAAUUCCCUUGUCUACAAUAGCGGCAUCGAGGCAGUAUUUUAUGCUGGAUCGACAACCCUUCUCAUACUUGCGAUAUCAGCGUACUUUUUAAUAAAAAAGAAAGCACUUAAAGACCCUUUAUUUUAUGUGUUUGCUGUUUACACCUUCCUGAGUGUGAUGAACCUGAUCAUAGCGCUGGAGCAGGACGGCGUCAUUGACGACUUCAUGACCUACUAUCUCCAGAAGGCAAAUCCCUACAUCAACACUGCGCAUGGUCACAUUACCUCCUACUGGGAUGGCAGUGCCCACUAUCUCAUGUACCUUCUGAUAGUGGCAGCAAUAACAUGGGGGGCCAGCUACAGAGCCAUUGGACUGUACUGGAUGGGCUCAUUCCUCAUCCAUGCCAUUGUCUUAAAUACAGGGAAUGUUGUAGGGAAGUAUGGGAUCCAGAUGAGCCCUCUGUUCCUCUUCCACAUGCUCUACAUCCUGGUGUCUGUGUGGGCCUGCUUCCGCAUCAUCAGACAGCCCUGCACCAUGGAGGCCCAGCCAAUGAGUGUCCAGGAAGCCCAGAAGAAGAAUCUUCUCCAGAGACCUUUGGACUUCCUGCUCGCCUUCUGCCUCAUCCCCGCCACCAUCUUCUGUGUCUUCCGAGGCCUGGUGGCGUUAGACUGCCCGUCUGAAUGGUGUCAGGAAUACAGCCAGCUCUAUGAGCCCUACCUUAAAGAUCCCUCUGCCUACUCUAGAAUACAGAUGCUGGUGAGCAUGCUGUACUCCGGGCCCUACUAUGUGCUCUGCCUCUAUGGGCUGCUGGUGCCAGGCUGCCACUGGAUGACCGAUCUAACCCUGGUGCACUCAGGAGCCAUCGCCCAGGCUCAGUUCUCUCACAUCGGAGCGUCUCUACACACACGGACACCCUUCUCCUACAGAGUACCUGCUGACAGCCAGGCUGUGUUCCUGCUGGUGAACGUCCUGUAUACUCUGGUGCCUCAGGCCCUCUGCUACCGCUGUGUCACCAACCCUGCCUUCUUCUUCAGGGACCCUCCUUUCAACAAGAAAAGUGUGUGAGAGAAAGAGUAAUAGUUGCAUUAAAUGUGUAUACUGUGCAAAGCCACAAAUCAAGGUUUUUAUGACUUUGUAGGGUGUUUAAGAUGAGUAAAAACAACACUUGGACUGCAUUCCAAUGACUUUAUUCUGUAAAAGUUAUCCAUAAACAGCAAAACAGUUUACAUUAAACUACAAACCUUGAAAAUGUAAAAUAUGUUCAAAUUACGUGCUUAACAAAGAUUGAAAGGUAACAAAAAUAAAAUUGUAUGGGGUUUACAUAUCACACAGUGCUUUAAUCAACUAUCAAAAAAAUAAAUACAAUAUCUCGUGAAGACUCAUUUAUCAUGAAGAGAUACGAGGAAGAAAUGCAACUGGGAAACAGGAGAUGUAUGAGUGGAAGAUGGAGGGAAGAACCCUCAAUGCUAGACUGCACACUCAAUAUUAGACAGUCUGUAUUCUGCAACACAGUCUGUAUGUCAUGAGACAAUCUGUAUGCUGUAGAACAGGAUUAUCUUGUGUAUGUUAUUCAGGUCUGUACAGCUAAAGA